AUGGCUUUGAAGGCACAAACGCAAGAUGUACCAGCUAUGAAAAGAUUGCCUAUUCCACCUUUGAAGGAUACAUUGCAAAGAUUUUUGGACAGGGUCGAGCCAUUACAGGAUGCUUUGCAAAAUGAAAGGACGAGAUCGACCGUCUUAUCGCCGACGAAUUUAAAGCUAAUGGAAACUUUACAUAAUAAACUGCUGGAAUAUGACUCACAAAUCGCCAAAGAAACUCCACAUUCUUCGUAUAUCGAACAAUUUUGGUAUGAUUCUUAUCUGACAUACGACGCCUCAGUAGUGCUAAAUGUUAAUCCCUUCUUCAAAUUGGAAGAUGACCCCAUAAUUAAUAAUCACACCUUCCAUUCGGAAUCUGCUCCAUAUGGGGAGCAUACUUUGCAGAUUAAAAGAUGUGCCAAACUGGUCACCUCGAUGUUAAAGUUCGUUAAAAGCAUCCGUUGUAGGACACUAAAGCCUGAUACCAUUCAUGGUGAGAUUCCAUUAUCUAUGGAUCAAUAUGAUAAGUUGUUCGGAUCAAGUAGAAUACCACCUAGUACAGGCCAAGAGUCGUGCCAUUUACAGACAGACCCUACUUCCCAUCACGUCAUAAUCGUGUAUAAAUCCCAAUUCUAUUGGUUUGAUGUACUGGAUAUUGACAAUUCGCCUAUUUUUUCAACAUCUGUGGAAUUAGAAUGGAAUUUGUACUCAAUUAUUAACGACUAUGAAGAAGCCUACAAGCAUCAUCGUCGCCACCACAAUCACCCACAGAACGAUAAUAGACCCUUUCCAUUUGGUCUUUUCACUACAGAAAGUAGAAGAUCGUGGGCAAAAGUAAGAGAUUACAUAUCUAAGGAUCCAGAGUCAACUAAUUGCAGGAAUUUGAAGUUAAUUGAAAGUGCCUUAUUCGUGAUAUGCCUAGAUGAUGUGUCAUUUGAAGAGGGACAAGAAGAUGAGCUGGUGAAGUCAAUGCUAUGCGGCACUUCGAAUGUCGAUUUGAGCUCCAAAUUGUUACAUAAUAGUAGCAUGCCGAUUACGUUAAGUUUGCAGCAUGGCACUUGCUUAAAUCGUUGGUAUGACAAAUUGCAACUGAUAGUUACGAAAGAUGGGAAAGCAGGCAUAAAUUUCGAGCAUACCGGGGUUGAUGGUCAUACAGUUCUAAGGUUAGCUUCUGAUAUUUAUACAGAUUCUAUCCUAAGUUUUGCAAGGGGCGUUACUCCCAAUGUUCUAGAUAUCUUUGAUGACACUAAGGAUAGCUCGCUAUUCAAGUCAACCGCUAACCUAAUCACAAUCCCAAGAAGACUUGAAUGGACCGUUGAUAAUUUUCUACUAAGCUCUUUGCAUUUUGCAGAAACAAGAAUAUCAGAUUUGAUUUCCCAGUAUGAAUUUGUCACCUUAAAUUUUGGAAAAUAUGGGGCCAGACACAUAAAAUCGGUUUUCAAAUGCUCGCCAGAUGCCUUCACGCAACAGAUAUUCCAAAUCGCAUACUAUGCACUGUAUGGUAAACUCGAGACCACUUAUGAACCUGCUAUGACAAAGGCUUUUCAAAAUGGCAGAACUGAGGCCAUCAGGACAGUCACCCCGCAAUGUAAAAUGUUUGUUAAGUCUUUGUUUGAUAAGACUCUAACAGAUAGACGGAGAAUUGAAUUACUUCAUCAAUCGUGUAAGGAACAUUCUCGGAUUACAAAAGAAUGCUCCAUGGGAUUGGGUCAAGACCGUCAUUUGUAUGCAAUGUACUGUGUCUGGAAUGAAUGGUUCAAAGGCAUACUACCGUUACCACCAUUAUAUCAUGAUAACUCCUGGAGUAUUCUGAAUACAAAUAUCCUAAGUACUUCAAAUUGUGGUAAUCCUUGUUUAAAAAGCUUUGGCUUUGGCCCCGUGACUGCUAAUGGGUUUGGGAUUGGUUAUGUUAUUCGUGAAGAAUCUAUAUCCAUCGUUGUAUCUUCCAAACAUAGGCAAACGCAUAGAUUUGCGUCUUUAAUGGAGAAAGCACUACUAGUCAUGGAUCGUAUCUUCCAGAAAGAAUCAAGAAUACCCAGUGAUGGACCUAUUUCUAAGCAAAGUCCAGAUGAGUCUGCACAUUAUUCACAACAUCAGGCCGAAGCUCUAGACUUCUUGUUGUCCGGAUACGGCUGUUUCGAUGUUAAUGUUUCUGGGUGA